AAAACACUCACCUGUUUGAACAAAAUACAAUCUUCCAGAAUGUUUAUCACAUCUGUCGCACUUUUACUGGCAAUGGAUUGGGGAUUAUGUGAGAAAGUUUCCCCAAAACCAGGUCUGAAAUUAUUCAGAGAGGAUUAUAAAAGCGUUGAAGAAACAUGUCUCGCUGUUGGAUUUGUGAGGAAUAACUGUAGAAAUGAGACACAUAAGGUUGCUUUUGACGUUCGGUUAAAGAACCAUAAAAGAAAUCUCGCCACCAAAGCAAAGGUUAUAUUCGAAACAGUUGAUCUUAACGAAGGUCUCGGAUAUGAUGCCUCUUCCGGAGUUUUCACGGCCCCCAGCGGCGGGUUGUACGUGUUCGACUGGACAGUUAUGGCAUGGCAGAAACAAUUUGCCCGCACAUCACUUGUUGUUAAUGACCAGGAAAAGUCAUGGAAUUUCUGUUUUGGUAGUUCCACAGAUUUGUGGCUUCCAUGUAGCAAAAUGACGAUAGUUAGACUAAAACAAGGGGAUAAGGCUUGGAUUGGAGUUAAUGCUGCGCAAGCUCAUAUGCAUGAAAAACAUACGUCUUUCUCUGGAUAUAAACUGUAAUCAAAACAUUAACUAAAAAGUUUUUUUUAUUUUAACAAAACUAUUAUUUUGAAAGCAGUAUAAAAUA